AUGUCGAAGGCCAAUGUCGGAAUCAACGGGUUCGGAAGAAUCGGACGACUCGUGCUUCGCGCCGCUGUCGAGAAAGAUAAUGUGCAAGUGGUCGCCGUCAACGACCCGUUCAUCACCAUCGACUACAUGGUUUAUCUUUUCAAAUACGACUCAACUCACGGACAGUUCAAGGGAACCGUCUCGUUCGAUGGCGACUUCUUGAUCGUCCAGAAAGAUGGAAAAUCGUCGCACAAGAUCAAGGUCUUCAACAGCAAAGACCCAGCUGAAAUCGCUUGGGGAUCUGUUAAGGCUGAUUACGUCGUGGAGUCCACUGGAGUAUUCACAACGAAGGAGAAAGCCUCGGCUCAUUUGAAAGGAGGAGCCAAGAAGGUUAUCAUCUCCGCUCCAUCCGCUGAUGCCCCGAUGUACGUCGUUGGAGUGAACCACGAGAAGUACGAUGCUUCAAACGAUCAUGUCAUCUCCAACGCUUCAUGCACCACCAAUUGUCUCGCACCAUUGGCGAAGGUUAUCAAUGACAACUUUGGAAUCAUCGAAGGACUCAUGACCACCGUCCACGCCGUCACAGCCACUCAAAAGACGGUUGAUGGCCCAUCUGGAAAGCUCUGGAGAGACGGACGUGGAGCUGGACAAAACAUCAUUCCAGCCGCAACUGGAGCCGCGAAGGCCGUCGGAAAGGUCAUCCCAGAGUUGAAUGGAAAGCUCACUGGAAUGGCUUUCCGUGUUCCAACACCAGAUGUUUCCGUUGUCGAUUUGACUGUUCGUCUUGACAAACCAGCAUCAAUGGACGACAUCAAGAAGGUAGUGAAAGCCGCCGCCGAGGGACCAAUGAAGGGGAUUCUCGCUUACACCGAGGAUCAGGUAGUGUCGACUGACUUUGUCUCCGAUCCACACUCUUCCAUCUUCGAUGCUGGAGCUUGCAUUUCUCUCAACCCGAACUUUGUGAAGCUUGUCUCUUGGUACGACAACGAGUACGGCUACUCCAACCGCGUCGUCGAUCUCAUCGGAUACAUUGCUACCCGCGGAUAA